AUGAAGAGCGACAUAGAUAAGAAUAUUCCGAUGUUUCGAGAACUGAGUCCCGAAUUGGCUAAAAUAGCCAAAGCUGAAUUGAACGAGAACCCCAAGCAAACACCUGAAGAUGUCAGGAUAUUAAAGGAAUGGAUAUUGAAGCAAACGCAUCUGAAAGCAAGAACGGAUGAUCAAUGGUUGGUGGCCAUUUUACGAGGGUGUAAGUUCAGUUUGGAGCGGGUUAAAGCUAAGUUGGAUUUAUAUUAUACCUUGCGGACGACUGCACCGGAAGUGACUAUGUGCUUAAAGCCUACUGAACCGAAUUUUUUAGCAUUUUUAAGGCUGGGGACAUGUGUCAUAUUACCAAAAUCAAAAACCGGGUUGCAUCCGCGGGUAAUUCUUAUAAGAGUUGGGAGGUAUAACCCGGAGGAAGACAGUAUUGCCAACGUCAUGUGCAUUUUGUAUUACUUAGUUCAGAUUUUAGUUAUGGAAGACGACACUGCGUCGGUUUUGGGAACUAAAAUAGUUGUCGACUAUGAAGGUUGCACCCUCAAUCAUUUAAUAGAGGCAAACCCGAGUUUACUCCGAAAGAUAACAGCGGUCAGUCAAGACUCCCUGCCCCUGCGAUUGAAAGGGAGUCAUCAUUUGAACGUACCAUCAGGCAUAGAGGUCAUCUUCAAACUAGUUUCAACAUUCCUAAAUGAAAAGGCAAAACAAAGGCUCAAAAUUCAUAAAAGCCCAGAAGAAUUAUUUGAACAUAUUCCAAAAGAUGUUAUCCCAAUUGAAUAUGGUGGAGAUGGAGGAACUGUUGCUGAAAUUAUUGAAUACUGGGCUGGAAAGAUAAUCGAGUACAAGUCCUGGAUGGAGGAUGAGGAGAACUUCGGAACGGAUGAAUCAAGGCGACUCGGCAAGGCCGCUUUUUCUGAUGAACUCGGAGAUCAAGUGAACGUCACAUUGUUGUUUACGGCUGCACAAUACGUUUCAUCAAUAAAUAAAGUUUCAGUAAAAGUUAAAAUGACGGUGAGACCGCUCUCCACCACUCUUCAGGAAAAGGCCAAAAAGGAAAUAAAUGAAAAUCCUCGUAGGGUAGAAUCUGAUGUACUAGCUCUAAAGACGUGGCUAAGACAGGAGCCACAUUUACAUGCUGUAAAUCCCUCGGAUCAAUGGUUGGUUGCAUUUCUGCGUGGAAGUAAAUUCAGCCUCGAGAGGUGUAAAGAGAAGUUGGACAUGUAUUACACGUUAAGAGCAAUAGUGCCAGAGUUUUUCUCAAACAGAGAUCCACUCUCAUCUAGAAUACAAGGAAUUUUGAAGCUUGGGGCGUUCUUACCACUGAGAAACUGCAAAGACACAGACUCUUCAAGGAUAUGCAUUCUUCGUAUCGGCGUAUUCAAUCCUACCGAGUAUAACUUGUCGGAUCUUAUCAAAGUUGCAUUCAUGAUUACGGAAAUAAUGAUGCUCGAGGACGACAAUUUCACCGUGUCUGGUGAGGAGGUAAUUAUUGACAUGAGAAACGUCGGUGUGAACGUACUCAGUCAGUGGACGCCGGCGUUGGCCAAGAAAGUGAUCACUUGCUUCGAGAAGGCACUCCCGGUGCGUUUGAAGAGCAACCAUAUAUUGAACACCCCAACCGGCUUUGAAGCCGCUUAUACCAUCCUGAAAGCCUUUCUCGGUGAAAAGUUGAAGAAAAGAAUUCGAGUGCUCAACCAAAAUUACGAAGCGCUGUAUAAAGAAAUACCAAAAAGGGUGUUGCCGGAAGAAUACGGAGGUGAAGGAGAAAAUAUACAAGAGCUCACUGAUUACUGGGUAGCUAAGGUCGAGAGCUACCGAGAUUGGUUCCUUAGGGAAGACACCGAAAGGUCUGACGAGACCAAGAGACCCGACAAACCAAAGACCACUUCCAGCUUAUUUGGUGUUGAAGGAUCUUUCCGACAACUCGAGGUUGAU